UCUUCUAACAGCCAUUCCCUCUACCUAACCCUUUUCUCUUCCCUUCCCUCUUCUUCCCUAAUUUAUUUCAUUCUUCUCUCACACACACUUGGUUCUAUUAUAUAUCCACAUUUCUUCAUUUCCCAAACAAGAAGAUAACAACAAAAACAAAAUCAAAUAAAAACACAUUCCUCACUUAUCUUUUAUUACACAAUGAUAACUGCAACUCUACAAGAACCUCAGAUUCAUCAACCGGUGGAUACAACUACUCCCCCCGCCGAUGCUCCUCCUACGCCGCCGCGUAUUUUCCGAUCAAAGCUUCCGGACAUAGACAUCCCCAACCACCUCCCUCUCCACACUUACUGCUUCCAAAAGCUCUCCUCUGUUUCCGACAAGCCUUGUCUGAUCGUAGGGUCCACGGGAAAAAACUACACGUACGGCGAAACGCACCUCAUAUGUCGGAGAGUCGCCGCCGGGCUACAAAAAAUGGGGAUUCGAAAAGGCGACGUGAUAAUGAUCCUCCUUCAAAACUCAGCCGAGUUCGUCUUCUCCUUCAUGGGCGCUUCCAUGAUCGGCGCCGUCUCCACCACCGCGAACCCUUUCUACACUUCUCAGGAGAUUCACAAACAGGUCAAAUCCUCUGGAGCUAAGCUUAUAAUCACUCACUCUCAUUACGUCGAUAAGCUGAGAAACCUCGACGGAGAAACAAGAAUCGGUGAAGAUCUCACCGUUAUCACCACGGAGGAGAAUCCUCCCCCGGAGAAUUGUCUUCCUUUCUCCACACUACUACUCACUGACGACGAGACAACCUCGCUAGAUGUUGUUGAUGUCGGUGGUGAUGACGCCGCGGCGCUUCCUUUCUCUUCUGGCACGACGGGGUUACCUAAAGGAGUAGUUUUAACGCACAAGAGCUUAAUCACGAGCGUCGCGCAACAAGUCGAUGGAGACAACCCGAAUCUUUACCUGAAACCAAACGACGUCGUACUCUGCGUUUUGCCUCUUUUCCACAUCUACUCGCUCAACAGCGUCCUUCUCAACUCCAUCCGAUCCGGUGCGACGGUUCUUUUGAUGCACAAAUUCGAAAUCGGGGCGUUAUUGGAUCUAAUACAGAGACACAAGGUGACGGUAGCGGCGCUUGUUCCGCCGCUUGUGAUUGCUUUGGCCAAGAACCCAACUGUUAACUCUCACGAUCUCUCUUCCGUUAGAUUGGUUCUCUCCGGUGCAGCUCCCUUAGGCAAAGAUCUCGAGGAUAGUCUAGGCCGCCGUCUCCCUCAGGCCGUCCUUGGCCAGGGAUAUGGUAUGACAGAGGCAGGACCAGUGUUGUCAAUGAGCCUUGGGUUUGCUAAAGAGCCAACUCCGUCAAAAUCAGGCUCUUGUGGGACUGUAGUCCGAAACGCAGAGCUUAAAGUGGUUCACCUUGAGACACGUCUCUCUCUUGGUUACAACCAACCUGGUGAGAUUUGUAUCCGCGGUCAACAAAUCAUGAAAGAGUACUUGAACGAUCCGGAAGCCACGUCAGCUACAAUUGACGAGGAAGGUUGGCUUCACACAGGGGACAUUGGGUAUGUUGAUGAAGCUGAUGAGAUAUUCAUUGUUGAUCGACUCAAAGAGGUCAUCAAGUUCAAAGGCUUUCAGGUGCCUCCAGCUGAGCUAGAGGCUUUGCUCAUCAAUCACCACUCCAUUGCGGAUGCUGCGGUUGUUCCUCAAAGAGAUGAAGUGGCUGGAGAAGUUCCGGUGGCUUUCGUAGUCCGAUCAAAUGGAAACGUUAUCACGGAAGAAGAUAUAAAAGAAUAUAUAGCCAAACAGGUGGUAUUCUACAAGAGAUUGCACAAGGUCUUCUUUGUUCCCUCCAUUCCCAAAUCUCCUUCCGGAAAAAUUCUGAGAAAGGAUCUUAAAGCCAAACUUUGUUAAAUGUAAUUUAUUUAUUUUUCUUUUAUAUGAUUUAAAUGUCCUGGAUCCACGAUAUUCGUGACUUUCUUUUAGAUCCUUUGUCGCAACAUUUGUGGACAAUUAAGAGUUUAAUAAACUGUAUUAUUUGGAUA